GGAGGAAAGUCGAAAGCAGGCGAGGCCGAGGCCGCCCCCUCACAAGCAGGCCCAAAAGCUUUCCAGACAAGAAGCGCGAAAGCCGGACUGCAGUUCCCAGUGGGCCGUAUACACCGGUAUCUGAAGCAGCGAACGCAGAACAACGUGCGGAUUGGGGCAAAAGCCGCGGUGUACACUUCUGCGAUCCUGGAGUACCUCACGGCGGAGGUCCUCGAGCUCGCCGGCAACGCAUCGAAGGACCUGCGCGUGAAGCGCAUCACUCCUCGGCAUUUGCAGCUCGCUAUCCGCGGAGACGAGGAGCUCGACAUGCUCGUCCGGGCGACGAUCGCAGGCGGCGGCGUGCUGCCGUUUAUUCACAAGAGCUUGACC